GACACUCGUGGCCCCGCCUUGCGUCCCAGCCCCGGGUCGCGGCACCCCGGCUCCCGCCCCGCUCCUCUGGAGGGAGGUACCGAGGGACGCGCAGCGAAGGGGCUUUGCUAAUUGCCAAAGCAGGAAGUGAGCUCGUGGAAGAAGCGAAGGAGGAGAAGAAGAAGGGAGGGGAAGGCGGAGGAGGGCAGGGGCGCGCAGAGCCACGGUUUGCACCAGGCGCGUCGGAACCGCAGGACUUUUCAUCCCCGUGGUCCCACGGUCCUCCCGCGCCCCGGAGGCCUGCCAGCCCCUUUCGGACGCUCGUUUGCCCCUAACCCGCCCCCAUGGCUUCACCGGACGACCCUCUGCGCGCAGAUCAUAUGGCAAAGGAACCAGUGGAAGACACAGACCCUAGCACUUUAUCCUUUAACAUGUCAGACAAAUAUCCCAUUCAAGAUACGGAACUCCCUAAAGCUGAAGAAAGUGAUACAAUUACUUUGAACUGCCCACGAAAUUCAGAUAUGAAAAAUCAGGGAGAAGAAAAUGGCUUUCCAGAUAGCACUGGAGAUCCCCUUCCAGAGAUCCGCAAGGACAACUCCUGCAAAGAAAACUGUACUUGUUCCUCCUGCUUGCUCCGGGCCCCCACCAUAAGUGACUUGCUCAACGAUCAGGACUUACUAGAUGUGAUCAGGAUAAAGCUGGAUCCGUGUCACCCAACGGUGAAAAACUGGAGGAAUUUUGCAAGCAAAUGGGGGAUGUCCUAUGAUGAAUUGUGCUUCCUGGAGCAGAGGCCACAGAGCCCCACCUUGGAGUUCUUGCUCCGAAACAGUCAGAGGACGGUGGGCCAGCUGAUGGAGCUCUGCAGGCUCUACCACAGGGCGGAUGUGGAGAAGGUUCUGCGCAGGUGGGUGGACGAGGAGUGGCCCAAGCGGGAGGGUGGAGACUCCUCCAGGCACUUCUAGAGCUCUUCUUCUUCCUUCAUUGACCUCUCCGGACGUUGAAACAACCACAGGUCAAGAAGGAAUGUGAAUCUGUUGUUUUAUAAGAGUUUAGGACAAGGACGUGGAACGGUGGACACUGGUUUUCCCCAAAGCUGGCAGUUUUGUGGAGGGGUAGCUUGUUUCGGUGGUGGAUCUCUGUUUAUUUUUGCACAUCUGUUUUAAUUUAAUAUUCAAAUCUGGAAUUAAGAAAACAUAUUUUCUAGUAUCCUCUAAGGGCCAAAGUCCUACAAUCGGAAUGGAUUCAUGCCAUGUUGAAGAUAAAAUUAUCCUCUCCCUGAAAUACAGUAAAGAUUUAAAUAGGUCCUGAGACCGUUGAUAGCCCCAGACAUACCCACAGCAUUAUAUGUAACAUCUCUCCUGAUCAGUGCCAUUCCCAUGGUUUCAAAGAAAAUAGCAACAAGGAACAUUGACCUCAGUGUCUGCAGCACCCUCCACUUCUCUCCUAGGCGAUGAGACCCAGUGGCUAGAAAUUCACCAUGUCUAUUCUCAAGAUCCAUGCCAGGGAGAUCUUUGACUCUUGUGGGAAUCCCUCUGUUGAGGUUGAUCUCUUCACCUCAGAAGGUCUCUUCAGAGCUGGUGUGCCCAGUGAUGCUUCAACUGGUAUCUGUGAGGUCCUAGAGCUCCAGGACAAUGAGGAGACUCACUAUAUGGGGAAGGUAUCUCAAAGGCUGUUGAGCCCAUCAAUAAAACUAUUGCACCUGCCCUGGUUAGCAAGAAACUGAGCAUCACAGAACAAGAGAAGAUUGACAAACUGAUGAUCGAGAUGGAUGGAACAGAAAAUAAAUCUAAAUUUGGUGCGAACGCCAUUCUGGGGAUGUCCCUCGCCGCCUGCAAAGCUAGUGCUGCUGAGAAGGGGGUUCCCCUGUACCACCACAUCGCCGACUUGUCUGGCAACUCCCAAGUCAUCUUGCUAGUCCCGGCAUUCAGUGUCAUCAGUGGCAGUUCUCAUGCUGUCAACAAUCUGGCUAUGCAGGAGUUCAUGGUCCUCCCAGUCAGUGCAGCAAACUUCAGGGAAGCCAUGCCCAUUGGAGCAGAGGUUUACCACAACCUGAAGAAUGUCAUCAAGGAGAAAUAUGGGAACGAUGCCACCAGUGUGGGGGAUGGAGGCACGUUUGCUCCCAGCAUCCUGGAGAGUAAAGAAGGUCUGGAGCUGCUGAAGACUGCGAUUGGGAAAGCUGGCUAGCUACACUGUUAAGGUGAUCAUUGGCAUGGACGUAGUGGCCUCAGUUCUUCGGGUCUGGGAAGUAUGACCUGGAAUCUCACCUGACUAUCUGGCUGACCUGUACAAGUUCUUCAUCAAUAACUACCCAGUGGUGUCUAUCGAAGAUCCCUUUGACCAGGAUGACUGGGGAGCUUGGCAGAAGUUCAUGGCCAGUGCAGGAAUCCGGGUAGUGGGGGAUGAUCUCACAGUGACCAACCCAAAGAAGACAGCUGAGGCCGUGAAUGAGAAGAAGUGCAACUGCCUCCUGCUCAAAGUGAACCAGAUUCGCUCCGUGACUGAGUCCCUUCAGGCGUGCAAGCUGGACCAGGCCAAUGGUUGGUGUGUGAUGGUGCCUCAUUGUUCUGGGGAGACUGAAAAUACCUUCAUCGCUGACCUGGUGGUGGGGCUGUGCCCUGGGCAGCUCAAGACUGGUGCCCCUUGCUGAUCUGAGCGCUUGGCCAAGGACAACCAGCUCCUCAGAAUUGAAGAGGAGCUGGGCAGCAAGGCUAAGUUUGCCGGCAGGAACUUCAGAAACCCCCCAGCCAAGUAAGCUGUGGGCAGGCAAGCCCUUCAGUCACCUGGUGGCCAAUUAGACCCCUCCCCUCGUGUCAGCUCAGGCAGCUCAAGGCCCUCGACCAACAUUUGUAGGGGCCGCUGCUAGUUAGCUACCCUUGCCCACCGCCGUGGAGUUCGCACCACUUCCUUAGAACUUCUACAGAAGCAGGUUGCAGUGAGCCGAGAUUGCGCCACUGCACUCCAGUCUGGUGACAGAGUGAGACUCCGUCCCUCUCCCCCACCCAAAAAAAAGAACUUCUACAGAAGCCAAGCUCCCUGGAGCCCUGUUGGCAGCUCUAGCCUUGCAGUCGUGUAAUUGGCCCAAAUCAUUGUUUUUCUCGUUUUUCUCACCUCACUUUCCACCAAGUGUCUGGAGCCACAUGACCCUCCAGUGUCAUCUCCGGGGUGGCCACAGGCAAGAUCCCUAGUGAUUUUGUGCUCAAAAUAAAAAGCCUCAUUGACCCAUGAGAAAAAAGAAAAAAAGAGAAAACAGCAAUGAGAAGUGA